CCUUUCGCUAGGCUAUAGCGUUGAAAGCUCCUCUCACAGCCACUCCUCGAAGCUUUUAUUAUCGGCGUAAAUACCAGCAGGCGAUCAUUAACCAACUGCCUGGAAUCCAAACGCCCGUCAGACAAGUGCAGGAGCUGAACUUCCUCCUCCAGCCCAGCUCCAGAAGCCUUCGGCCGGUUAGUUAAUGGUGGCAUCAAGUUCAAGAUGCGUCGUAUUGAAGAAGGUCUCGAUGAUCCCUCUACGCAUCCACUUGGGACAGGGGUAUCAUGGCAGAGACCCGACUCACCUGUUUUAAAUGGUUUAUCAAGUGAUAAGAGUUUACGUUACCGAGGCGGUGGAACGAGGGAGACAUCUCUGCCAAGGGAGGCGCUUUUCCAAAACUGGACACAAGAAUUACUCGAGGACGGCGACAAACCUAUAAAAGAGUUUUGUUCCUCGAUGAAAACUAAGAGAGAAAUAAGGAAAAAACAAGAAAGGACAGUUGCAAAGAAAACCGGAUGGGAGUCCUGGAAGGUGGACAAACAGAGACACUUCAGACAGUUCAAGAGUAAAACAGUUGGAGCUUUCCAGUACAUGGAAGCCUGGAGAAGAACAUUGCAGACUAUUGGAGGACAGUUCGGGACGGGAAUUCAGUCGUAUUUCAGCUUCCUGAGAUUUCUCAUUUUGAUGAAUUUCGUGACCUUCCUCUUAGUGGGAGGAUUUAUUGUGAUCCCCAACAUAGUUUUUGAAAAAUUAAACCUGGGACAAUCCCCCAUUUCCAACUCCAGUGGCAUGAUAAAUGCGGAGUGUUUGGACUACAAUCCGAAUCCUCGAGGGUUAACAAUGUAUUAUACUUUGAUCAUGGACAUCCUGAUGGGAACGGGUUUCAUGGAGUUGACAUACAUGUUUUAUGGUUUUUAUAUGAGCGGAUCGGUGAACCUAACUGCCUUUUUCUACAACAUACCCUUGGCGUAUCUAACGACAACCUUGUUUUAUUUUCUUCUGAGCCUGGUGUGGACGGUGAUCAGAUUUGCUCAAAGUUUCAGACAAAGCAUGCUAACUGAGGAUGCUACAGCGAGCAGCUACACUAACAAGGUGUUUGCAGGCUGGGACUUCUGCUUGAAGGACCAGAAAACCAUAAAACUGAAAAAGAACAGUAUCUUGUAUGAACUCAAGGUUGAUCUUGAAGAAGAUAAAAUGCGGCAAAUACAUGCACAGCGCACCACGUCCCAGCGGGUAGGGAUUUACACGGUGCGCGUUCUCGUCAACCUAGUAGUAAUUGGCUUUAUCGCAGGAGCUUUCUAUUGCAUCUACCUUUCUACCAUAAACUCCCAAUCUCUUCGUAAAAAGGAUGGAGUCAAAGGUAAUUUUAUUCUGGAGCUACUGGUUGGAUAUUUGCCCUCUAUCGUCAUUACAGCUGCCAACUUUAUUCUUCCCACAUUCUUUGGUCUCAUCAUAAAGUUGGAGAAGUACACAUUAAGCUGGGAAAUCAGGUUUACAUUGAUCAGGUGUGUAUUCCUGCGUCUGGCCAGUCUGGGAAUGCUCCUCUAUUCUCUGUGGGACAAUAUUACCUGCGGCGGGAAUAAAGAAGAUGACCGGUGCUUAAAAUGCGGAUACAACACUGAGAACAAGUGCUGGGAGACACGUCUGGGACAGGAAAUGUACAAACUGAUGAUCUUUGAUUUCCUCACCGUCUUAGUGGUUAUUUUGUUGGUGGAUUUCCCCCGAAAAAUGAUGAUUGAUCACUGCUCUUGCAAGCUGAUUCAGCUAUGGGGCCAACAGGAGUUCCUGGUUCCACAAUACGUCCUUGAUAUCAUCUACGGACAGACAGUGUGUUGGAUAGGAACAUUUUUCUGCCCAAUGCUUCCACUUCUCAACACUGUUAAAUAUUUUGUCAUAUUCUACAUGAAGAGGUUGACCCUUUUCACUAAUUGCCGGCCAGCCGAACGAACGUUUCGAGCCUCAAGUGCCAACUUCUUUUUCCUGUUUGUGCUGCUUUUGGGUCUGGCUUUGUCUUGGGUUCCAGUCCUGUACAGUAUAUUUGUUAUUAAGCCGUCAGCAGCAUGUGGCCCAUUCCGAGGACAGCAGACUAUAUGGGACGCCAUCACUACAACAGUAAAAUCAUUUCCCGAAGUCGCCAAGGACUUCUUCACGUUCAUUGGUUCACAGGCUUUUGUGGUCCCUUUGUUUUGCCUUUCAUGCAUUUUAAUGUUCUACCUCAUGGCACUUGGAAACUCGUAUGGGAAACUGGUGAAUUCACUGAAGCAACAAUUGCAAAUGGAAAGAAGUAGGAGAAUAUUUCUAAAUCAAGUAAAUCGAUGAAGAGAAGAUACAAGGCAUUUUCUUCCGUGAUAUAAAAUGUUUGGGGUUGGCUGAUUAGCAUAUUUUUGAUUACAUAAUAUUAAUGUGGGAGAGGAGAUAGCAACAGAAAAUGUAUUUAAGCAGAGAAAUAUAACCAUCUGAAAAUUCCUGCACUGUGUUUCUUUAAUUGUGGCAAAUCUUAAUAUAAUGAAGGGACAUUUUGACAAAUGUGUGAGAACACCACAAAUAUUUAUUAUUUCACUGUUUGCCCCAUCACAGCUGUGUACCACAUUUCCCAACACAUUUCACCCCCACUCCAGAUGCCGUGAGCUUUAUUUAGCUGAUCGUGGUCCACAGAAACCUGGCAAAAUUCACUUUUUUAAGAAUUUGUAAAUUCUGGGGUGUUCUUAGAACCUGGCUUGUAUGUAAACCUUGACAAAUGCCCAUGAAAGCCUGAGCAGAAAAUCACUUGCCAAUUUCAAAUAAACCAAACAUGAUAACCAAACAGUAUGGAUAAACACUCUUUAAAUACCUCGUAAUCACUAAAACAGAACAAAAACAUGCACUAUUGUUUGCUUAAGGCAGAGGAUCAUUUUCUACAGGUUCCAGUAAAAGAACAUCGUCGAUAUACCCACCCACAGCAAGUACAAAGGAUUUUCUAAUGUGGAAACAUACUUAUGUCAGCCAUACUUUAUAUAUUUUAUUCAUUAUUAUCAUUAAAGGAGAAGUCAGCAAUAGCCGUCUCUGUGCAAGACCACUCUGUAUCCACGAUCUACUGUAAUUAAAAAAAAAUAGAAAUGUGACCACUAUGGAAGAAUUGUUAAUAUACUCUGUACAUGAUAAAUUAUUUUUUUAUUAACAUGAACCUGAAAAUGGCAUGAAAUGAAUAAAAAAUGCUAACUGCACUAUUUGUGAUUAUAUUUAUUUAUUAGGGGUUUUGGGGCUUCUCUUUAGCAACACAUUCAAGUAAUAGUGUUAUUUUAUAAAUAUAAUAAUUUAUAUUUGAUAUGUUUCUUAUUAAUGGUGAAAAAACAUAU